AAGAAGAAGAAAAAAAAAGAAAAUAUAAACGAGCUAAUAGAAAAGCGUUGAGUUGAAAAUAUAAAGUCGCCAUUCAGUGCUUCAACGAUGACCGAUUUCAUCGAUUUGCUGACAAGUAUGUCAUCGAAAUUCAACGAAACCAAUGCCGAUUUACAGAUCAAUUUAAAUGAAGAUAAAACAUUGAAAUGGAGAGGUUUACAUAAUAAUCAGUAUGCCGCUGUGAAAAAACGUAAAGAUAUCAAACGAAGUGAAAAAGCAGCAGCACCGAAUACAUCGUCAACGACGACGGCAACAACGACGGACGACGAUCCGCCAUUAAUGAACGAUAGCGUUAGUGUUACUGUUAAUGCAGAUGAUGUUGCAACAGCAGCAGAUGUGACAAAGUCCCACGACAUCGAUUCCAUUGUUGUUGAGUCGUCGCAAACGGCGACGACCAGUGAAAAAAGUGAAGAGAACAUUGUGGUUGGCAACGAUACCAAAAGUGUGAGUGCCGAUAAAAUGGAAAAAAUAAAUAAUGAUAAGGAAAAAGACGAUGAUCAACGGCCAUUUAGGCGUACAUUGCGUCGCAAGCAAAAUGCUGACGACACAACAAAUGACGAUGUAGGUGUAUUGAAUGUGGACCGAACCAGAAAAGUCGGUUUACGACCGAAACGACAAUCAUCGGCUGGAUCGGCCAGUGAAAAUCGAUCGGUAUCGCCGCGUGGGGAAAAAGAGGAAAAAUCAAUAACAACCAUAGAUACGGUGGCCAAUCGAAACAAUAUCAUGACACGACAACGUGGUCGUGCCAAAAAAAGUGACCGAGAAAGCAGUGUUGAAGUUCAAUCGAAGAGUGCGGCCGACGAAUCGAAUGAUUCAUUACCAAAGACACGAAGUGAACGCAAAAAUUCAAUUGCAAACGAAGUAGACGAUGGACACACACAACCAACACCACCGAAAUUACGACGUAGCGAACGAACGCACACAUCCACACCGUGCGAUCAAAAGGAUCAAGCGGUGGCUCAAGGUCAGCCAGACGAUCGAAGCAAAUCAGACAUCGAUGGAACUGAACACAAAUCCAAUAUGGACAAAGAGCAUGCCACACGAUCGCGAAAACGAACGGUUGACGAUAAAAAAUCACCGGACAACGCAACCGAAUCGAAAGAUGAAAAAAGUGGUGACGAUAAAUUGGUGCCAAGUGAAAUGGAGGUUGACGCAAAAGACGAAAGCGACACGAAAACCGAGCAUGAGAAAUGUGUAAAUAGCCAAAAGAACGUCGUUGAUGAUGUUGAAAUGAUUGACGCACCACCGACUGACACAAAUCAUGAGGAUCAUUUGUCGAAUGGCAGCGAUGGUAAUGUGGUGGUUCGCAAACGUGGCCGAAAACCAGGAGGAUCCAAAGCAAAAGCCAAUUUAAAAUUAAACAUGACCAUUGCAACACGAAACUCACCCGUCAAAAAAUCACCACGAUUCACCAACGAUGAAAGCCCAUUUGUUUACACCAUUCCGAAAAAGGACAAAGCAGCUGCUGAACAGGCACAGCCGCAGCAGCGUUUAUCACGUCGUAUUAAGCCCACACCAAAGAUUUUGGCCAAUGAGGAGCUUCGGCAAGGAUUCGAAAUCCAGAAUAAUGCGCGUCUAUCGCUGAGCAGCGAGCACUUGGACAAUGAGCUGGAGCGCAGUCCAAAGCGAAAAUCACCACCAAGCACACCUCCAUCUCCGCCGAACACAAAGACUGACGCUGAAUCGGUACAAAAUGGCAUCGAACAAGUGGUAACCCGUCGCAAAUCCAACACACCACCAAAACGCCAGUCGAGCAAUUCAAAUGACACUCCAACGUAUGAAGUAGUACGGCCGGUGCGUCAACCAUGCCCUGACCCAGAAAAGUUUUUGAAUGAGAUCAAAUUGGCGAAAAUCAAUUUGCAUCGAUCGCCCGAACUCGACAAGAAGCUCAAUUUUAAGCAGAAGAAACGCUUGAUCAAGCUCAAAGAAAGGCAUUUCCACAAGCUUGGGCUGCAACGCGUGUCGAAAUCACAUGGCAACGGAGAUUCAUCCUCCGAUGGAUGCAUUGAAUCGGAUGACAAUGAAGAUUUUGUUCCAAAACAGAAAAUUAAUGUCGGUCGACCGAGCGUAACAUUGCGUAUGCGUGGCCAAAAGGAUAUUGUUAUCUAUGACAAGCACAUCAAUAAGGCACGAACCGUUCGUGACAAAACAAUAAAGAAAAAGUUGCCCGAAAAAGUGCCGACCGCACUCAUCGAUCAAUUGGAUCGUCAUUCGAAGGAGUUGAUAACGCGAAAUCCCGAAAUUAGUUUGAUAUCGAGCACCAAACACAAAGCGGUCGGAUCAUCACAGGCUCAAUUGCGCAAAUCAACACCGAUGGAACAUCAUCAUCAGAUCACAUCCGAAGUGACGCUAUCGAUUCGCAAAGAGGCCGACUCAAACAUUUGCUUGUGCAACAAAGUGUCGAAAUUCUACACGCGAAAAACCGACGAAACAUACUGUUCGGCCGUUGAUCAAAUUGAAGAUCAAAAAGUUGGUUGUGGAAAUGAAGUGGAGGGUGAAUUGCUCAAUCUGUUGCGGCCAAGCGUUCGUGUUAGCUACAUGCUGCUCUGCGAAAGUCACAAGAAACGAUUGUUGUCACACAAUUGCUGCGCAAGCUGUGGCGUUUUCCUUACCCAAGGCACAUUCAUGUUGUGCGCUAAAAAUCACUUCUUCCAUCGUGAUUGCGCCACGAAAUUCAUACUGAACGCACCAUUCGAUCCACAAAAUCCAGAGUACACAUGCCCGACACUGGUUUUGAAGUGUCCACACUGUGGCAUCGAUGCACCCGAACGCGAAACCAUCGUUACAAUGCGCUGCGGUAGCGUACCAAUUUUCACCACAUCACAAAAGAAACUCACAAAACCGGCCAAAAUGAGCAUCGGCCCCCAUAGCUAUCGAACGAUUAAAUCACACGAAGAACUCAAUUUGCUUGAGAUUGAGCGCUUGAUUCCUGAAAGUGUGGUAAAUCUGUUGGCACGUGCACAAAAUCGCUUCCCAUUCACGCGCGGCAAUCUUCAUUCGAACAAAGAUGUGUUCAAUGCCGUUACUAAAGAUGAUAUCGACCGUAUGGCCGAAAUCAUUGCCAGUGGCUUUGACAUUUCAACGCCAAUCAAGGAGUUUUACAAUGGAACUUGCUUGCAUUUAGUAUCGAAUUUUGGCAGUGUGAAAAUGACGCAUUUGAUUUUGAGCCGCGUUGCAUCCAUUGAUUUUCUCAAUUUGCUCGAUCAAAACCUUCGUACGGCGAUCAUGUGCGCAAUUGAUGGCAACAAAAAUGAUAUCUUGAAAUUGCUGGUACAAUGCGGCGCCGAUGUCAUCGUUAAAGGAACGGAAGGAAUGACCGCUUUGCAUAUGGCUGUUAAGAAGAAGAACUAUGAGGCUCUCGAGAUCAUUUUAAACACAUAUCGUGAAUCGUCCAGUCUGUAUCAGGUGGAGAAGUUCUUAAACACUCGUGACGACGGUGGAUGGACGGCCAUAGUUUGGGGUGCUGAUAUUGGAAACCAUAAAAUUGUAAGCGCUUUGUUGAACUGUGGUGCCGAUCCGAAAAUAUGUGAUGAUGAAAAUAACAGCGCAUUGCACUGGGCCACACUAUCCGGCAGCGUCGAAACAGUCAUGGUUCUUCUGCAAAGUGGUUGCCAUUUGAGUGCACAGAAUAUCAACGGAGACACGGCUCUACAUAUCGCAUGCAGAAAUGAAAAUACUCGCAUUGCAUUGCAUCUACUGGCGCAUGGAGCAAGCCUAGACAUCACAAACAAUGCAGACGAAGCACCCUACGAUUGUAUACCAGAUGAGAAUGGUGCAUGCGGACGUGCCAUACUAUUUAAUUUGCAAAUUCGCAACGUUACCGGGUUGCCCGAACAAAACAUCAUUCAUCAAGACAUAUCAAACGGUCGUGAAAUCUAUCCCAUUCAAGUGGUCGGACGAAAGAAAUAUCGUGAUGCGCGUUCAACUUCAAGCCAGAGUGAUUCAGACGCUGAUCCACUCAUACCUGAUUUUAAAUAUAUUACCAAAACCAUUUUGCUCCAAAAUUCGAUUCAAAUCGAUCGUCGAGUGUCGCAAAUGCGCAUCUGUUCCUGCACCGACAAUUGCACAACGCAAAAUUGUCAAUGCAGCGAGAUUUCGAUUCAGAAUUGGUACAGUCCAGACGGUCGCUUGAUCAGCGAUUUCAAGUACCACGAUCCGGCGAUGAUCUUUGAAUGCAACGACGUUUGCGGCUGCAAUAAAUUGCUGUGCAAAAAUCGAGUCGUACAAAAAGGUUCGAACAUUGCGAUGCAAAUCUUUGAGUGUAGCGAACGUGUUAAGGGAUUUGGAGUGCGGGGCAUUGCUAAAAUACCACGUGGAACAUUUAUUGCUGAGUAUACCGGUGAAAUACUAACGGAUAGCGAAGCCGAUCGACGCACUGACGACACAUACUUCUUUGAUCUUAGCUCAUCUGGCUUUUGCAUUGAUGCCAACUUCUAUGGAAAUGUGAGCCGUUUCUUUAACCACAGUUGCGAGCCAAAUGUGGUACCAAUUCGAGUUUACUAUGAACACCAAGACAUUCGUUUUCCAAAGAUUGCAUUUUUCGCAACAAAAGAUAUCGAAGCCGGAGAUGAGAUCACCUUUGAUUAUGGUGAAAAAUUCUGGAUUGCUAAACAUAAACUAUUUACAUGUCAUUGUGGAACAAAAUCUUGCCGUUUCUCAGAAGCAACUAUUGCUAAAACUUUAGAAGAAUAUAACCAAAGAAACACUUAAGUGGACCCCCUCCCAAAAAAAAUAAGCAACAAACACACAUUUUAAACAAAAUUAAUCUUUUAGAAAAACAAAAUCCUCCGUUUUGAAAACCAAAAGCGUAGAAAAGAAAAUGUGAAAACUAAAUCCAAACUCAAAGAACACUAUUUAGUUAAAUUUGUUUGCAAAAAAUGGAAAACACUAUUUUUCUAGUAAAACAAAAAUAUUUACCAAAAAAAAAGCGAUAAGAGGAUGAAACAAAACCUGGUGACGGUAACCAAAGUCACCAACAUAUAAAUAAAUUAGAUCAAGUAUAAUAAUUUAAUGAUAGUAACGAUUUACGAAAUCAAUGUCACAUAUACCAAAAUUUUACCAAUUUAACCGAAGAAACGUUCAACUUAGAGUUACAACCCCCCCAAAAAAAGUGAGAAGUAAACAAGAAAGAGCCGAAGAGAAAGAUGACGAAAAAGAGUUAGUUUCUAUUUAUUAUAAUGAUUAUUCUGGAAAUAAUUAAAAUGUAUCGUAUUUAUUUUACCGAAACCGAGAGAAACAAUAAAUAACCGAAACCAAAACAAAA